CAAACAAACAUGUUUGAUUCUCACCAUCAUGUGCUUGAUAUGUCGUCUCACAUGUACAAGACUUCCUCUGAGAGUGAUUUGGGAAGGGCCAUAGAUGAAGACUACGAGAGCAAAUCUUGCACAGAGACCACGGACGCUCCUUUCAGUGAUGACAAGGAUCCUAACCAAGGACCCACAAAGAAGGGCUACCACCGCCACACACAGCGCCAAAUACAAGAAAUGGAAGCCUUCUUUAAGCAGUGUCCUCACCCAGAUGACAAGCAAAGAAAAGAGCUGAGCCGUGAGCUGGGGUUAGAACCUUUGCAAAUCAAGUUUUGGUUCCAAAACAAACGCACCCAGAUGAAGGCUCAACAUGAACGACAUGAGAAUUCUAAUUUGAAGGCUGAGAAUGAAAAACUUCAUGCUGAGAACAAUAGGUACAAGGAGGCCCUAAGUAAUGCUACAUGCCCCAAGUGCGGAGGCCCAGUUGCUCUUGGUGAAAUGUCCUUUGACGAGCAGCACUUGAGGAUUGAGAAUGCUCGAUUAAGAGAAGAGAUUGAUAGAAUUUCAUCUCACAGUAACAAUCAUGUGCCUUCCCGCUCGCUUGAUCUUGGUGUUGGAGCACAGUCAAGCAUGGUAGGAGAAAUGUAUGGUGGUAGUGACCUUCUUAGGUCACUCCCAGUUCCUGCUGAUGCUGACAAACCCAUGAUUGUUGAGCUUGCCGUUGCAGCAAUGGAGGAACUAACAAGAUUAGCUCAGGCUGGCGACCCUUUAUGGGUCCCCAGCAACCACAUUACUGAGAUUCUAAAUGAAGAUGAAUACUUGAGGACUUUCCCUAGACGUAUAGGUCCGAAACCAUUGGGCUUAAGAUCUGAAGCUUCAAGGGAAUCCGUGGUGGUUAUCAUGAAUCAUAUCAACCUUGUUGAUAUCUUUAUGGAUGUGAAUAAAUGGUCAACUGCGUUUUGCGGAAUAGUUUCAAGAGCAUUCACACUUGAAGUCCUUUCAACUGGAGUGGCAGGAAACUACAAUGGAGCCUUGCAAGUGAUGUCAGCUGAGUUCCAAGUCCCUUCACCACUUGUUCCUACUCGUGAGAACUAUUUUGUAAGGUACUGUAAGCAGCAUCCAGAUGGGAUAUGGGCGGUGGUUGAUGUUUCCUUGGAUAAUCUGCGACCAAGUACAAUCUCAAGAAGCCGAAGAAGGCCCUCUGGUUGUUUAAUUCAACAAUUGCCAAAUGGUUACUCCAAGGUUACAUGGAUUGAACAUGUAGAAGUGGAUAAUAGAGCGGUGCAUGAUCUAUAUAGACCUUUAGUUAAUUCGAGCAUUGCCUUUGGAGCUAAACGAUGGGUGGCUACAUUAGAUAGACAAUGCGAACGUCUUGCUAGUUCAAUGGCCAGCAUAGUACCAUCAGGGGUCCUUUGUGUGAUAAUCAGUCCUGAGGGAAAGGAACGUAUGCUGAAGCUGACAGAGAGAAUGGUAAUGAGCUUUUGUGCUGGUGUUGGUGCUUCUACAGCACAUGUUUGGACAACGCUAUCAGAAACAGGAUGUGAUGAUGUAAGGGUCAUGACCAGAAAGAGUAUGGAUGACCCAGGCAGUCCCCCCGGUAUAGUGCUCUGUGCUGCUACUUCUUUCUGGCUUCCAGUUCCUCCAAACAGGGUUUUUGAUUUCCUUCGAGAUCAAAACUCAAGAAGUGAGUGGGAUAUUCUCUCCAACGGGGGCCAAGUUCAGGAAUUGGCACACAUAGAAAAUGGUGGUGAUCCAGGCAACUGUGUCUCUUUACUUCGUGUCAAAAGUGCAAAUUCCAACCAAAGUAAUAUGCUGAUACUUCAAGAGAGUUGCACUGAUUGUACUGGCUCAUAUGUAGUUUAUGCUCCUGUCGAUGUUGUUACCAUGAAUGUAGUAUUGAAUGGUGCGGAUCCAGAUUAUGUUGCCCUGUUGCCAUCAGGCUUUGCUAUUCUUCCUGAUGGGCCUGGAUCAAACGAAGGACCAAUACUUGAUGUUGGAUCUGGUGGUUCUCUACUCACUGUUGCAUUUCAGAUAUUAGUUGAUUCAGUUCCAACGGCAAAGCUAUCUCUAGGUUCAGUGGCCACCGUUAACAGUUUAAUUAAGUGCACAGUUGAAAAGAUCAAAGUCGCAGUGAUAAACGAGGGCACCUGA